AUGAGCGCAGAUCAGCCUGAAGCACUCUCCCAGCCUCGGACGAGGACAUCGCACACUUCACUUCUCCCCAAACCCAAUCCAUGGUCGGUUCGAGCCGUCCUCAAAGAUCUUCCCAACCCCCCACUAGAGAAUUCUUCCUCCCCAAUCUCAUUCUUUCACUAUGUUGAACGGUUGAAAAUUGAGAAACGAGAAGGAUGGCGCAGAUUUGGCAUCUCGGGAGGCGAAUCCAUUGGCGACCACAUGUACCGCAUGUCCUUGAUCACCAUGCUUGCUCCCCCAGAAUUGUCUUCUCGAUUGGAUAUUCCCCGAUGUACAAAGAUGGCGCUCAUUCACGACAUGGCUGAAGGACUUGUUGGAGAUCUGACACCUGUCGACGGCGUACCAAAGGUCGAGAAGAACAGACGCGAGGCUGCAACCAUGGAUUGGGUCGCUCAAUCAUUACUCGGCAAAGUCCACGGUGGCAUCCCUGGCAGAGAGAUCCGCGCAGUCUGGCAAGAAUACGAAGACAACGAGACUCUUGAAUCGAAGUUCGUCCACGAUGUCGAUAAAGUGGAGUUGAUCCUGCAAAUGGUUGAGUAUGAGCGCGCCAACAAUUGUACCAUCGACCUCAGCGAAUUCAGUUGGGUGGCGAGGAAGAUCUACCUUGAAGAGGUGAAAGCGUGGGCUCAGGAGAUCCUGGAUGAGAGAGCAGAGUUGUGGAAGAGCAAAGAUUUAGCACCCAGGGAACCUCAGACAGCCGCGAUAAUCAAGGAACAACAAGAUGAGUAUUAUGGUAACGGAAAUGCAGAAAUGAAUGGAUUUGUCGAGUGA